AUGAAGGAAAUGACUUGCUUUUGCAUGACUUUGUCUUCCCUGUGGGAACAGAUGGUGAAGGCUUACAAAUACAUGACUCUUAUUUUUUCAGUGACUCAUACCUCAGAGCAACAGGCUUCAGAUCCUGACGAGCAGCCAACCAAGAUGGAUGUAAGCUUACUUGAGGAGCGGUAUGACUAUAUAAAACAGAAGCAAAAGCUGCAAUCACACAUUAUUGUAUUCAAAACAGGUGAAAAUGAAUCUGCUCUCUCAGAAUCAAUGGUCAGUGCUGUUUUAAUCAAUAAAAAUGUUAGGAAAUCAAAAUCAUUUACAGAGUGUGUUCCUGUCAGAAAGGUCAGACUGGAGUUGACCAGCGAUGGCAACCUACAAGACAGCUCUCUAUGGCGUACCCAUCUGGGUAUCCAUCGCCUGGCACAAGCCUCUCGCCGAGAAGUAUCCUGGGAUCUUUCCCAAUGCAAGAAUGGACCAGGUAGUUUUGACAAUCAUAGACUAAUUCCAAAGGAAAAUGGCACACUGCAACACACGGAUUUAGAAACAGUGAGUGAACAACCCACCCUCAAUCAACUGGGAAGUUCAAGCACAUUGAACGGUUUCAGCAAAGAGAACAGCAGCAACAUUUCAGGCAUCUGCCAGAAGUCUCCUUGCGAAUCAGCUAUUUGGACACAUCAACAUACUUCUUCCACAAAAUGUAUGCCAGCCUGCAACAAACUAAGCUUUUACCCUUUCCCUCAGAAAAAAACACCCAGAAUUUCUGAAGCUGCAAGAAGGCUUGGAUUAUAUGUCUCACAAUGAAGAAAUUCAAUAGCAUGUAAAAUUUAGACAAAAACCUAAGUAAAACUUCAGCAGAACAGUCGUCCUAGUUACUCUGAUUGACCUGCUGAGAAUCUAGUAAUUUGAUUAGCCAAGGAAGAUUCUUACUACAUAAUCUGUUGUUUUACUGUACAAACAC